UAUCUUCAUCUCUCUAUACAAAUAAAUAUGCUGAGGGUUUUCACAUUCAAAAACAAGCAAAAACACCUGCAAUUACUUGAACCAGUGGGGCAAAAGAAUGGCGAAACCUGUCCCAUUGAUCUUUAUUCUAUCACUUUUUGCAGGCAUUUUGUUUGCUAAUGGAUCUGAUCAAAUCGGAACUUACGAGUUGAAGAAAGGAGAUUUCUCUAUUAAAUUCACCAAUUAUGGUGCAACCAUUCUCUCAGUUAUUCUCCCUGACAAACAUGGAAAGUUGGAUGAUGUUGUUCUUUCAUUUGACAACAUUGACGAUUUUCGAAAUGAUACGACAUACUUUGGGAACAUUGUUGGACGUGUGGCGAACAGAAUCGGAGGAGCUCAGUUUGAACUCAAUGGCGUCGUCUAUAAACUCGUUGCCAAUGAUGGGAAAAACUUGCUCCAUGGUGGGAAGAUAGGAUUCGGAGAUGUGAUCUGGAAAGUGGAGAGCCAUGUGCAGGACAGCCACAUUACAUUCACGUACGACAGUUUCGAUGGCGAACAAGGGUUUCCGGGCGAUGUGUCGGUGUCCGUAACGUACCUGUUCAUCGAGACAAACAAAUUGGGGGUAAAAAUGGCGGCGAAAGCCCUAAACAAAGCGACCCC